ACUUAAAAAGUUAGCGGUGUGAAACAUUUUGAAACAGAGGAGGGAUUGUUCUCCAUUCUCCACUCUCCUCUCUCUCAAUCAUUCUAAUCGAUAGCACUCGCCGCGGCGGCGCACGCCACCUGUUCGACGGAAAGCCCCGCCGACGAGGAAGAGCCCGGCCGCCACCACAUGGCGAGCGGGGCGGACCGCAUCAGCGACCUCCCGGACGACGUCAUCCACCACGUCCUCUCCCUCCUGCCGUCGCGGGACGCGGUGCGGACCUGCGCGCUCGCCCGCCGCUGGCGCGACCUCUGGAGGUCCGUGCCCGCCGUCCGCGUCGCCGGCGACAGGGGGUGGGCCAGCUUCGACGCGCUCGCCCGCUUCGUCGACAGCCUGCUCCGCCUCCGCCGCGGCGGCGCGGCGCUGGACGCCUGCGACUUCGACCUCAGAUUCGACGGCGCCUUCCCCGGCGAGGAGCUGCAGGGCGACACCUGGAUCCGCCGCGCCCUUCGCCGCCAGGUCCGGGCGCUCCGGUUCGCCGUCUCCACCCACCCCCGGGUGCCCAUCCCUCUCUCGGACUCGCCCCUCGUCUCCCACAGCCUCACAACCCUAGAGCUGAGGGGUGUCCAGGGAAACGACCAGGUUCUUGAUUUCUCGAGCUGUCCUUCGCUGGUGGAUCUCAAGAUGAAGGAUUGCUACGUUGGUGGCCUGGAAAUGUGGUCUCCAUCGUUGAAGCAUCUGAGCAUAACAUACUGCGUCUUCUACUGCGACUAUCGCACCAGGAUGGAUUUCCCUAGCCUUGUCACCUUCAAGUUCAACACAAAUACCGGGAGGACUCCGUUGCUCGAGACGAUGCCUUCGUUGGCAACCGCGGCGGUUAGGCUUGAUCAUUUCUGUCAUGACCGAUGCGCAAAUGGUUGGUACGAUGAUUGCGGGGAUGCUGGUUGUAAGGGUUGUCAUGAUUAUUAUAGGCCUGAUGAAUACGACUGCGUGUUUCUCGAAGGCUUGACGGAAGCUACGGACUUGACUUUGUUAGCUUAUUCUAAAGUGUACCUUUUCAACAGGGAUUUAAAGUGGUGCUCUACAUUUAGCAAGUUAAAGACUUUGUUUCUGAAUGCAUGGUUUGUGGCUCCUGACCUCAGUGCACUAGCUUGGUUUCUCCAACACGCACCUCUUCUUGAAAGGCUUUUUCUUAGAGUUUCAAAGGUACCCAAAAAUUUAGUGGGAAUGGAUGGAAGUUUCAAUCAAUUGGAACAACCAUUUGCAGCUAGCCAUCUUCAAAUAGUUGAAAUCUAUUGCAGAGAGGUUGAUGGGAUUAUUCUCAAAAUUUUGAAGGUCUUGAAUGCCAAUGGUGUACCACUAGAGAAAAUUAGUAUCCGAUGUUCUGGCUGUGAGUUAUCUAUGAACACCCACGCUUCCUAUUAUGCAGUUGUCAAUAUGUGUUGUAGAGCCAAGCACUGUCCAUAGUUAUAUAUAAGUUCUGACUUAAUCACAGUAUGCAUUGAGUAUUUCUGAAUUUUGUUUGCUAUGUCUUACAUGUACUAUCUGCUGAUACUUUUGUGCAUGUUCUACUGUUUUUACUGAUGGAAAUGUCAACAAAUGCACAUAUUAUCCUCCAAUUCAGCCCAUUGUGAUUUUGAUUUUAUUUUUUAGGACUAACCCAUUUUGAUUGAACCUGCUGCCAUAUAGAUCCUUCUCAAAUGCUUAUACAAACAAUAUUUGAAUAUCUCAUCCUUUAGUGAAGCUGUGUUCCCUUGUGUGUGUUGAACACUGCACCUUUACUAUUUAGGCUGAGUUCGGGAAAACAGUGUUGCACAUUAACGCGUGAUUAAUUAAGUACUCCCUCCGUUUCGUUUUGUUUGUCGCUGUAGCUCAUUUCAAAAAGAGUCAAAAUGUUUGACGUCGUAGUACACCGGCCGAUACCGUUUCCAUCUUUACCCC